AUGAGAGGAUCUUCCAAUAAAACGCUGUUCCUGGUAAACUUAGCUAUCCUUGGUCCUAUCUGUUGCGUUAUUUCUUUAUUUGUAUAUUUAGAGGCUCAAUCUCCCGCAUGUCAGACUAUGUCUAAAGUAGCUGAUGAAAAAAAUUAUGAAGCUACAGGGGCAACUGAAAAGCCCAUCGUUCUGCUGUGGUUCUGGCCUUUUGAUGUGAAGUUUGAUUUCCAAAUCUGCUCAAGCCACUUCCACAUUGAUGACUGCAUUCUGACUGAUAACAGGUCAUUGUACAGCCAAGCAGAGGGAGUUAUCUUCCACCAUAAAGCAAUAAACUGGUAUUUGAAAAACAUGCCCAAGGAGCCACGUCCACAUUUUCAGAAGUGGAUUUGGUUUGAUCAGGAAUCUCCCACGAACACGGGGAAAACACCAGGUCUGGAAAAUCUGUUCAACUUAACAAUGGGCUACAGACGAGAUGCUGACAUCACAGUGAGAGAUGAGGUGAAAAUCAAGCAGACAGAGACCAAGGAGGAAUUUGUUCUUCCCAAGAAAGACAAACUGGUUUGUUGGGUUGUCAGUAACACCAGCCCAACUACUGGAACAGCUACGAGACAGAAAUAUUACACAGAACUGUCCCAACACAUAAAGGUAGAUGUCUAUGGUGCUGCUUAUAAUGGACACCAGUUGAAACCUGAAGACUAUUACCCAACCCUUGCGAGUUGUAAAUUCUAUCUCUCAUUUGAGAACUCACUCCAUGUGGACUACAUGACGGAGAAGGUCAAUGGGCCCCUCGCAGCAGGGACCGUCCCUGUAGUUCUGGGUCCACCAAGGGAAAACUACGAGCAGUUCCUUCCCAAUGGUUCCUUCAUUCACGUUAAUGAUUUUCCUGACGCCAAAGGUAUGGCAGAGUAUCUGCAACGCCUGGACAAGGACCAUGAAGCAUACAUGAGUUACUUUGAGUGGAGAAAGUACUAUGAAGUCACUCCUCAUCUUUUGACCUUGAGCAAUGAAUUCAUUCAUCCCGUCUGCCUCGCCUGUGACCACAUCUCAAAGGACAAAGAAUACCAUGUUGUCAAUGAUCUUUAUGAGUGGUACUUUCCAUGAAAACUACAGUGAGAACAUCAUUUGACAGAGUAUGAACUAGAACAUAUACUUUGAAUUUGUGGGAUUGCUUUGACAUUUUAUAGAGUAAUGAUUUAAUGAAUCAAUAUAAUUCACAUGGUAACCAUUGAUAUUAAUAUAUAGCUGGGGUGUUUUGAGUCACUUUGAGUUGUUUUGAAUACAUCUAGACAAAUAAAUGAAUAUUCAAAUCUAAAAAUAGGUUUUACCGAUUCUAUUGGGGUCAUUUGGAUGAUUAUGUCAUGUUUAUUUUUGUUUUGUUUACGGGGACCUUAUUUUAUAAUUUUUUAAAGACAAGUGAACUUCCAGUUUCUACCCUGACUUCCUUAGGUUUUCUAUUGAGUAAGGUUGUGCUAAUGAUUAGGUGGGGCAUCAGUUGCAUGGAUCCAGCUGAGUAUCUGCACACUUACAUUAAAAACUGACAUAAUUUUACAACUCUAAGGGAAAAGCCUGUGCUUUACACCUGCUUUACACUGUUUUGAUUCAAAUUAACUCGCCAACACCAUUUGGUGGGGAGACAUCUUGUAGAGCAGAAAUUAUGCUAUUGGAUCUAAAUAAACAUUGCAUGAGCAUCCAUUUUGCUUUUCAUGCUAUGUAGCAGUAGUUUUAAUAUAGCGCCCACAUAAGGCUUGAAGGUAGAACAAAAAAGGGGCCUGGCUUGUGUUACUUAGAUGGGCACCAACUAACUCCCAGUGUAAGCCUGCAUGAAAUCUGUUUCUCUAGAGCAGGGUUCCCAAAGUGGGGGUCCUGACCCCCCCGGUUGUCUCGAGACACAGAGGGGGGUGGGGUCGCGAGAUGCUGUCCAAAAAAAGAAAAUGUAAGUUUUUGCAGAGCAUAAUGUUUACGCUGUUUGUACACAUGCUGGACAUUACUUUGAAAAUCUCCAUAGUCAAAAUAUUUAAUAUUCAGUAUGUGAACACAGGUAUAUCAGUCUCACUCUGGAAUUAUUGAGUAUUUUUAAAUAUCCAGAAAUUAGGUAUUUGAAGCUAAAAAUUUGUGACUUUUAUUUUGUAAAAUCUAUUCAUUUAUAUAAUCAAAAUUAUAUUAAUAAAAUGACACAGUGGCUGGCUUCCAGUUACCGUUCAGUCCGCUUUGGGUGCAUUUACCAUAAAUGUCAGUAGAUGUGCGCAGUAGAAUUUCUGUAUUGGCUGAUUUGACCACAGAGACGCGAGUGUCGACUGGCUUGACAGCAGUUAAUCUCCUCCAGCCAGCGUGUACUCACAAACUAAUGAGAAAAAUACUUGUAAGUAUUGCGCCGGAACAUUUAUCCAGAGUCUAUACUAUUGUGUCUGUGACAUUAAGUGUAGUAGUCUUUUCCUGUUUUGGUUUUAGUACUUGUCAUCAAGACAAUAAGGACGGCGUGGGUCUCUGUUUUUUUUUUUAAUGAAUUGAAGGUAUAUGUUUUAUGUAAGUAAAUGUUUUCAAACAUGUUGAUAAACUUGUUUAAUAACUGUGUGACCUAAUACAACAUGUUUGUUUCAUAGGGCUGCCUUCAGGCAGAAUGUUUACGGUCACUGUUUUUUCCCACAUUGAGAUUACAUUUAGAUUUAGAUGUUUAGAUUUAGUUUCUUUAUAAUUAAUUGGUUUGAUUUCUGGUUUCUUUGUUUUAUUUUAUUUUGUUAUUUGUUCUGUGGGCAAUGUGCGAUAUGGUUGACGGGUACUGUGCAAUCCGGGUUAAAUGGCUUGAAUAUUGGUUAUUGGCUCCGUAAACUAGAGGCCCUCUUCUGUUAUUUCAGUGUAUAAUAUUGUUUUCAAUAAUAAUCCAAUUCUUAAAGUGUGCUGUGCUUGUUGUAUGGAUGAUAUUUUAGCUUUGUUAAAUUGGGUGUGGAGCCUUCAACUCCCCCCUUUUUAACCUUUGAACAUGACCCUGUGCGGUUUGAUCAGUUUUUAUCACCUCUUGUGCGAAUUGAAUAAAUU